AUGCCGACCAUGCCCACUGAAAGUGCUACAACUGACGUAAUAUAUCCAAAAACUUCCAUUCCACCAGCAACCAAGAUGACAGAGCAUGGAAAAGUCAUAUCUGCUUAUUUUACCUCUUGGUCAAUAUAUGCACGAAAAUUUUUUGUACAAAACAUAGACUAUGAUAAACUUACUCAUAUAUUGUAUGCAUUUGCAAAUAUUAAAAACGAUGGUGAAGUAUUUUUGGGUGAUCCAUG